AUGCUUGAUAAAAGCAUUACUUAUAUAUUUAUUUUUUUACAAAUCGCAACUAUUUAUGGUCAAUACGAAAACUAUGGCGGAGGCUAUAAUAGUUUUCAGAACUCCGAAAGUGUUCCAAUUGGUCUCCUCACCGAUCAGAAUACUGAGACCAUGAACAUUAUAUUUGAUCAUGCCAUCAAUGUGGCCAAUCAAGAAAUAGGCACAUCCCUGUCAUCCUUGAAGGCCGAGGUUAAUUACGGUGAUGCGUAUCAAAGUUAUGGCAAACUAUGCAGAAUGCUGGAGACUGGCAUAGCUGGGGUAUUUGGGCCCUCUUCUCAUCAUUCGGCCUUGCAUUUGAUGUCCAUAUGCGAUGCCAUGGACAUUCCCCAUAUCUACUCGCAUAUGAGUGAAUUAGCAGAGGGCUUCAAUUUGCAUCCACAUCCCAAGGACUUGGCCAAGGCUUUGCAUAGUGUUAUAACUGCCUUUAAUUGGUCGCGUUUCAUUUUCCUUUACGAAUCGGCUGACUACUUGAACAUCUUGAAUGAGCUAACCACCUUAUUUGGUAUGAAUGGUCCUGUUAUCACUGUUCUACGCUAUGACAUGCAAUUGGAUGGAAAUUAUAAGCAAAUCUUGAGACGUGUUCGUAAAUCUUCAGACAAUCAAAUUGUUGUUGUUGGUUCCAGUGAUACGAUGCCCGAUUUUCUAAAUCAAGCUCAACAAGUGGGAAUCUUUACUGAGGAUUAUAAUUAUAUAAUUGGAAAUUUGGAUUUUCAUUCAUUCGAUCUGGAGGAGUACAAGUACAGUGAAGCCAAUAUAACAGCUUUUCGCUUAUUUUCACCAGAGAAAAUGGCCAUUAAAGAGUUGCUUACCAAACUUGGCUAUUCCAAUGAUCAGGAUGAGUUUCGUAAUGGUUCUUGUCCAAUAACUGUGGAGAUGGCUCUUACCUACGAUGCUGUGCAAUUAUUUGCCGAAACUUUAAAAAAUUUACCUUUCAAGCCAGUUGCUCAGAAUUGUUCACAACGCUCGGAAAGUGUACGAGAUGAUGGUUCGUCCUUCAAGAACUACAUGCGAACGCUACGCCUAAAGGAUCGUCUUCUGACCGGACCCAUUUUCUUUGAGGGGAAUAUACGCAAGGGUUAUCUUUUGGAUGUCAUUGAACUGCAACCAUCGGGCAUUGUCAAGGUGGGCACAUGGGAUGAACAGCGUGAAUUUCGUCCUCAACGUCUGAAGCCCACGAAUUCUCAAUUCGAUUCCAUAGAUAACUCGCUGGCCAAUAAAACGUUUAUAAUAUUGCUUCAUGUGCCGAACAAACCUUAUGCCCAAUUGGUGGAAUCCUAUAAGCAAUUGGAAGGAAAUAACCAAUACGAAGGCUAUGGAAUUGAUUUAAUCAAAGAGCUGGCAGAUAAAUUGGGUUUUAACUAUACAUUUGUGAAUGGCGGCAAUAACUAUGGAUCAUAUAACAAAUCAACUAAUGAAUCUACUGGCAUGUUGAGAGAGAUUAUGAUGGGGCGUGCCGAUUUGGCUGUCACUGAUCUAACAAUUACAUCAGAACGUGAAGAGGCAGUCGACUUUACAAUUCCCUUUAUGAAUCUGGGCAUCGCCAUACUCUAUUUGAAACCUCAAAAAGCCCAACCAGACCUUUUUACAUUUAUGGAUCCGUUCUCUCAAGAUGUUUGGUGGUUUCUGGGAUUUUCGUUUCUCUUUGUAUCGCUGAGUUUCUUUAUAUUGGGUCGACUAUCGCCAAGUGAAUGGGAUAAUCCCUAUCCUUGUAUUGAAGAACCAACAGAGUUAGAAAAUCAAUUUACCUUGGGCAAUUCGGUUUGGUUUACAACUGGUGCUCUGCUCCAACAGGGCUCGGAAAUUGGGCCCAAAGCCUUAUCGACUCGUACAGUGGGCACUUUCUGGUGGUUCUUCACUUUGAUUGUGGUAUCCUCGUAUACUGCUAAUUUAGCUGCCUUCUUGACCAUCGAGAAUCCUCAAAGUUUGAUCGACAGUGUGGACGAUUUAGUUGAUAAUAAAGAUGGAGUGGUAUAUGGAGCCAAGCGUACAGGUUCUACUAGAAAUUUCUUUAUGGCAUCGGAGGAUGCACGGUAUCAGAAAAUGAAUAAAUUUAUGAUGGAAAAUCCAGAUCUCCUCACAGAAGACAACGAAGAAGGCGUACGCAGAGUUAAACAUAGCCAGAAAUAUGCUUUUCUAAUGGAAUCCACUUCCAUUGAAUACAAUACAAAACGUGAAUGUAAUCUAAGAAAGAUCGGUGAUGCCCUAGACGAGAAGGGCUAUGGCAUAGCCAUGCGUAAAAAUUGGCCAUAUCGUGACAAGUUAAACUUUGCAGUAAUAGAGCUCCAGGAGCAGGGUGUACUGGAAAAGAUGAAGAACAAAUGGUGGAAUGAAGUGGGCACUGGAAUUUGUGCAACCAAGGAGGAAACACCCGAUGCCACGCCCUUGGAUAUGAAUAAUCUGCAGGGUGUUUUCUUUGUGCUAUGUGUGGGCAGCUGCUGUGCCCUAAUCUAUGGCAUUAUAGGCUGGGCUGUGUUUGUAGUUAAAAAGGCUCGACAUCAUCGGGUGCCAUUGCGUGAUGCCCUUAAGGAGGAAUUGAAAUUCGUCCUCAAUUUUAACAAUUAUGUGCGAGUGCUCAAGAACUCUGCCUCAAUCUAUUCGCGCAGUCGCCAAUCAUCCAUGUCGAUAGCUUCUAUGGCAGACAGUUAA